AUGCAGCCGUAUGGGACGGCUUCCGCUUCCUUCGACCACGAGGUUCGUAUCUCGCUCAAGCCGAUCAAGCUGCUGGAGACCCAGACGUCUAAAACACGUGCUGAAUCAGAAGAAUCAGGGACCCAUCGCUACGGGACAGUAUCUCUUGUCAUUCGGAUAUGGCUGCGAUGCUUGCCCUGGAACAUGCUUCGCGAGCCAAGAGACGGAAUUGAUGAUUGCGCACGUUGUUUUGAACUAUGAAAUCAAGAUUGAGCGAGGAAGACCGGCGGACACCUAUGUUGGUGGCGCGUGUAUUGCGCCGACGGAUGUUGAGAUGCAGGUACGACUGCAGGAAGGGAACAAUGUGCCGGAGCAGACUACGUUUGCUUAG